CCUCGAGGUUUGCGGAUGCUCAAUGAACCGUGAAAUCCCGCAUUGUCACAUCACUGCUCAGUGGGGGAGGAAAGUAAGACGGCGCUCCGCCCGAACGCGGGUUCAUGCUUUAUUUCACAGCUCGGCCGAUCCGCGCCUGACAUGUGCUGCGAGAAGUCAGCGGCGGGAGAGCGCGGGGUCUCCCUUUACGAGGCUGCAGUGAAGCAUGGCUUGAAGGGCUGUUUUACAGAUUACUGGAAAGAAAGGGAUGCUCCGCUGUGCCAGGCAACAGAGAAUUAAAGCAAGUCGUGUCAGUUUACAUGUAGGUUAGUCUAAUUAACUAGCGUUUGCCAGCUUGACGUCCUGCCCGAGGUGGAUCCUUUUCACAUAUUGUACAUGAAGUCACGUCAACUCUCUUUCCAUUCAGAAGCUCUCUCUCUGCCUCUCUGUGGCGCCAUAGUGAAAAACACUGCAGUUCUUUCCGCCAGUCACUCAGAGCCUGUAGCCACACACUCUGUCUCUCUCCCUCAUUCAGCGGCUGGCUCGCUCUCUCCGCGCUCGGCACACGCUGCUCCUCGCCUCCUCACUGCAUCUGUCCUCCUCUCCCCGAAGUGAGGUACCAUGCAUCCUCCUGUCUCCUCCUCCUCCUCCACUCUGACUGUUCCUUGCCAUUCCAGGGUCCCUUUAUCAAAGAGAGCGCUCUCGCUGCAAAGCCGGGGGACCUUAAAAGCUCUGCUACUUGCUUGAGGACUUUGGAGACGGGACAAGGCUGCGCGCCGGCUUCUCCGAGGCAGCUGUGGCAGACGGCCGAUUCUGCUGGGAUGCACGUCUUUGCGGGACCCCUGCUCUCCUCGUAGCGUCCAACCUCUCAAAGUUGCAGGAGCGCACCCGGCGAUCAAGACUCACCUCUGUUUCUCAAAGCGCGGCAGCAACUCGUCGUGCGUGGAGUCUGACCGGCUCGGGAUCACCGUCUCAGCUCCUCGCGCGCUGACCAGGACUGCACCACUGAUAUGUCCGAGCUUGACUUAGCAUAAAUGAUGAUAAUGACUUAGACCCUAAACGAUCUCAUGCUGCCUUUAUUCCUUAAUUUGAUUUCCAUGUGAGAAUCAGCUGCACCAAGCAGAACUGGCCCGGGUAGACGACUCUCAGCUUCACUUCACUUAACAGCACCAACAAAAAGGACAAAGUCAACAGACAGAGAAACUGAAUUUUAGGCACUUUAAGGACACGAUCAAAGCUGCGUUUGUCUUGAAGCUGCCCUAGUGGCCUUUGCCGACAGCCAUGCAGGUCUCCUUUGCUUGCACGGACCACGGGCUGAAGGCCCCGCGUAACGGUGAGCACAACAAGCAGAACGCCACCAGCCCCAACACAACGAGCCAGGCCCGCGCCCGCUUCCGCACCGUGGCCCUGAUAGCUCGCAGCCUGGGCUCCUUCACCCACCGCUACCAUCACAACCUCAAGGAGUCCACCGCCAAGCUCACGGGCAUGAAGUACCGGAACCUGGGGAAAUCUGGGUUGCGUGUCUCCUGCCUGGGCCUUGGAACAUGGGUGACGUUUGGUGGUCAGAUCUCUGAUGAGGUGGCGGAGCAGCUGAUGACUAUCGCCUACGAAAGUGGGGUCAACCUGUUCGACACGGCCGAGGUCUACUCCGGGGGGAAAGCGGAGAUACUCCUGGGCAACAUCAUCAAGAAAAAAUGCUGGAGGAGAUCUAGCCUGGUGAUCACCACAAAGCUCUACUGGGGAGGAAAGGCAGAGACAGAGCGAGGUCUCAACAGAAAACACAUCAUUGAAGGCUUAAGGGGCUCACUCCAGAGGAUGCAACUUGAGUAUGUGGAUGUGGUUUUUGCCAACCGGACGGACAGCAAUACUCCCAUGGAAGAGAUAGUGAGAGCAAUGACACAUGUGAUCAACCAGGGGAUGGCCAUGUACUGGGGGACCUCUCGCUGGUCGGCCAUGGAGAUCAUGGAAGCAUAUUCUGUGGCCAGGCAGUUUAAUCUAAUUCCACCGGUGUGUGAGCAGGCAGAGUAUCAUUUCUUCCAGAGGGAAAAAGUUGAAACUCAGCUUCCAGAGCUUUACCACAAAAUAGGUGUGGGCGUGGUGUCUUGGUCUCCUUUGGCCUGUGGAAUUAUCACGGGGAAAUAUGAAAAUGGCAUCCCAGAAGCCUCCAGGGCCUCGAUGAAGCCAUACCAGUGGCUGAGGGAGAAGAUAAUGAGUGAGGAUGGGAGAAAACAGCAAGCCAAGCUAAAGGAGCUGACUCACAUCUCGGAGAAGCUUGGUUGUACUUUGCCACAGUUAGCCAUAGCUUGGUGCUUGAGGAAUGAGGGAGUCAGCUCAGUGCUUCUGGGGUCCUCUAACCCAACACAGCUGACAGAGAACCUGGGAGCCAUUCAGGUAAUUCCAAAGAUGACAGCAGGCAUCGCCACGGAUGUGGAUCAUAUACUGGGCAACCGUCCGCACAGUAAAAGGGACUACCACCAUUAGAAUAAACCCCCUUCUAGUGAACUAUGCUCCAAAAGCUUAUCAAAGCUCACCUUUCACAGCCAUGGCACCAUAGGUGUGUGCCCAAGAUCGCUUGUGUGUGCGUACGACUGUGUGUGUGCCGGUGUAAUGUGUUCUGCUUGGCUCCUUCAACCGGUACUCAUUAAUGUAAAGUGAGCUACUCGGCAAAGCAUGCAUGCUACAGCUAUAGCAGCCAGCGACUGGACUAAACGAAAGCCAAUUAGAAGAUUCAGCGAGUUGAUUUCUGGUGCAAAAACCUCAACAAAACUGUGCAAGAGUUGCUGAACCAUGAGAAAAAAUAAUAAUUUAGACAUAGCUCAAAUUACCUCUGUGAAUAUGGCUUUCAGUGCACGUAAAAGAAAGCUUUAGCUGAACCUGUUACCCCCAAAUGCAUCACAUUAAGCUCAUGACAGUACAGGACAUACUCAACAGAAAGGUGAUCUGUUUCAAAAUGUACCCAAUGUUGCAGAGAUCUACCAUACUAGAUGUUUGUGGUUUGUAAAAAAAAAAAGUUAAUGAAAAUAAAAUUAGUGAUGAUGUUUAUAAUUGGACCUGGUCUCUGCAGACUAGAUGAAUAUCCCCCAAUGCAGCUGUAGCUGGUCUGUCAUCGUAAUGAAUUGUUUAAGUAAUGGAUGAACCGAAAUUCUGUUCACAACGUUUUUGCUAAUGCCAACAGAGCUAAGUUUGACAAAAAUAAGUUUCAAGACAUCUGUACUGACUGUUAUGGAUACAGUAUAUAUUUCCUUUAUAAGAAUCUUUGUCAGAAUGAGCAUUAUGUCUCCUUAUGUUGUAUCCUUUCAUUUUCACUUAUGCAAAAGCACUGCAGAGUGUACUUUCUUACUGUACUCCCUCAUCUGUUUUUAGUUUAUACUCAGCCAGACUUUCUGUCUGAUUCAUUUGAUUUCAGUCUGUGUUGUGGCUAAAACAUUUGACAACUUGAAGUUGAGGAGAUGUUCUUAAAGGGAAGCUUCUGGAUUAAACACACAAAGCCAUGUUGCUAAUGAAGCCACUCCGUAAACCCAUUAUGGACCCUUGCAGUUAUUCCACCUGGAACAAACUUAAUUUUUACCCAAAUUGUCCCAGAUGCUAGUUUUAAGUAAUGGGAUUGUCUUUGUAAUGUUAUGUUUAGUAAGCCAUGUAUUUUUGGUGUUGUUCAUCAGAUUUGUACAUAAAAUAAAAGCUUAUAAUUCUCAUGUGAAUUUGUUUUAAAGAUAUAUUAUUUUGUAUGCUAUGGAUGCUUUCAUUUUUUUAACCCAGAUCAAUAAAUUAAAUGAUAUGGCGUAACUAA